AUGCAUGUCUGCAAUGGACUCACACGCCCAUGCAUGUCUGCAACGGACUCACACGCCCAUGCAUGUCUGCAACGGACUCACACGCCCAUGCAUGUCUGCAACGGACUCACACGCCCAUGCAUGUCUGCAACGGACUCACACGCCCAUGCAUGUCUGCAACGGACUCCCACGCCCAUGCAUGUCUGCAACGGACUCACACGCCCAUGCAUGUCUGCAACGGACUCACACGCCCAUGCAUGUCUGCAACGGACUCACACGCCCAUGCAUGUCUGCAACGGACUCACACGCCCAUGCAUGUCUGCAACGGACUCACACGCCCAUGCAUGUCUGCAACGGACUCACACGCUCAUGCAUGUCUGCAACGGACUCACACGCCCAUGCAUGUCGGCAAUGGACUCCCACGCCCAUGCAUGUCUGCAACGGACUCACACGCCCAUGCAUGUCUGCAACGGACUCACACGCCCAUGCAUGUCUGCAACGGACUCCCACGCCCAUGCAUGUCUGCAACGGACUCACACGCCAAUGCAUGUCUGCAAUGGACUCCCACGCCCAUGCAUGUCUGCAACGGACUCACACGCCCAUGCAUGUCUGCAACGGACUCACACGCCCAUGCAUGUCUGCAACGGACUCACACGCCCAUGCAUGUCUGCAACGGACUCACACGCCCAUGCAUGUCUGCAACGGACUCACACGCCCAUGCAUGUCUGCAACGGACUCACACGCCCAUGCAUGUCUGCAACGGACUCACACGCCCAUGCAUGUCUGCAACGGACUCACACGCCCAUGCAUGUCUGCAACGGACUCACACGCCCAUGCAUGUCUGCAACGGACUCACACGCCCAUGCAUGUCUGCAACGGACUCACACGCCCAUGCAUGUCUGCAACGGACUCACACGCCCAUGCAUGUCUGCAACGGACUCACACGCCCAUGCAUGUCUGCAACGGACUCACACGCCCAUGCAUGUCUGCAACGGACUCACACGCCCAUGCAUGUCUGCAACGGACUCACACGCCCAUGCAUGUCUGCAACGGACUCACACGCCCAUGCAUGUCUGCAACGGACUCACACGCCCAUGCAUGUCUGCAACGGACUCACACGCCCAUGCAUGUCUGCAACGGACUCACACGCCCAUGCAUGUCUGCAACGGACUCACACGCCCAUGCAUGUCUGCAACGGACUCACACGCCCAUGCAUGUCUGCAACGGACUCACACGCCCAUGCAUGUCUGCAACGGACUCACACGCCCAUGCAUGUCUGCAACGGACUCACACGCCCAUGCAUGUCUGCAACGGACUCACACGCCCAUGCAUGUCUGCAACGGACUCACACGCCCAUGCAUGUCUGCAACGGACUCACACGCCCAUGCAUGUCUGCAACGGACUCACACGCCCAUGCAUGUCUGCAACGGACUCACACGCCCAUGCAUGUCUGCAAUGGACUCCCACGCCCAUGCAUGUCUGCAACGGACUCACACGCCCAUGCAUGUCUGCAACGGACUCACACGCCCAUGCAUGUCUGCAACGGACUCACACGCCCAUGCAUGUCUGCAACGGACUCACACGCCCAUGCAUGUCUGCAACGGACUCCCACGCCCAUGCAUGUCUGCAACGGACUCACACGCCCAUGCAUGUCUGCAACGGACUCCCACGCCCAUGCAUGUCUGCAACGGACUCACACGCCCAUGCAUGUCUGCAACGGACUCACACGCCCAUGCAUGUCUGCAACGGACUCACACGCCCAUGCAUGUCUGCAACGGACUCACACGCCCAUGCAUGUCUGCAACGGACUCACACGCCCAUGCAUGUCUGCAACGGACUCACACGCCCAUGCAUGUCUGCAACGGACUCACACGCCCAUGCAUGUCUGCAACGGACUCCCACGCCCAUGCAUGUCUGCAACGGACUCACACGCCCAUGCAUGUCUGCAACGGACUCACACGCCCAUGCAUGUCUGCAACGGACUCCCACGCCCAUGCAUGUCUGCAACGGACUCACACGCCCAUGCAUGUCUGCAACGGACUCACACGCCCAUGCAUGUCUGCAACGGACUCACACGCCCAUGCAUGUCUGCAACGGACUCCCACGCCCAUGCAUGUCUGCAACGGACUCACACGCCCAUGCAUGUCGGCAAUGGACUCCCACGCCCAUGCAUGUCUGCAACGGACUCACACGCCCAUGCAUGUCUGCAACGGACUCACACGCCCAUGCAUGUCUGCAACGGACUCACACGCCCAUGCAUGUCUGCAACGGACUCACACGCCCAUGCAUGUCUGCAACGGACUCCCACGCCCAUGCAUGUCUGCAACGGACUCACACGCCCAUGCAUGUCUGCAACGGACUCACACGCCCAUGCAUGUCUGCAACGGACUCCCACGCCCAUGCAUGUCUGCAACGGACUCACACGCCCAUGCAUGUCUGCAACGGACUCACACGCCCAUGCAUGUCUGCAACGGACUCACACGCCCAUGCAUGUCUGCAACGGACUCACACGCCCAUGCAUGUCUGCAACGGACUCACACGCCCAUGCAUGUCUGCAACGGACUCACACGCCCAUGCAUGUCUGCAACGGACUCACACGCCCAUGCAUGUCUGCAACGGACUCCCACGCCCAUGCAUGUCUGCAACGGACUCCCACGCCCAUGCAUGUCUGCAACGGACUCACACGCCCUGAACCCUCUUCUCCUCUUUCUACUCACCAACCCAACGAGCAUGGGGUACGAGCAGAACCCCAUCAGCGUCUACUACUGCUACCGUGCCUGCAGCAGCACCACUGGCACUGCCACGGCCAACACUAAUGGCAGCACCAGCAGGGGCGAGGGGGGGCAAUGUGAGGAGGAGUCGCUUUUGCCCCCGGCUGACUCCCUGGCAGUCUGCAUUAGCGAGGACAUGCAAUCGACAUGGGUGAUGCGCGCUCUGCCCCCAUCCCACCGCAUCUCACUGCACAUCACCGCUCUGCACCCUGUGCUGGGUUGCAAGGAGGCUACAGCAGCGCAGGAGUCACACAAGGAGAAUGAGAAGGAGGCAGAGACAGGGGGUGCGGGGAGUGGUGGGGAGGACGCAUUGGAAACCAAGGGCACAGCCGUACCUCCUCCCGCCCACCGUGCCCACCCUGCCUCGCCCUCUCACUCCCUCCCAAUCUCACCCACACCCGCCGUCCUCCGCCCACCCACCCUCGGUCCAUGGGGUCGUAGCGGAGUGGAGCAGGGAGGUGCGCUGCCGCUGGUGGCUGUGCCUCAUGCCCCACCGCGUGGCCUUUUGGAUCUACUGGCAGGUAGGAAAGGGGAGGGAGGGGCAAGGAAGAGUGGGGGAGGGAGCGCAUGGAUGGACACACACAUGUCGUGUGUAUGUGGAGCAGUGGUGUCUAUGCCGAUUCGCAUCCCUACAACCCACUCGUUCUCAUCUCCUCCACUUGCUCUCCCUUCCAUUCGCUCUCCAUUCCCUCACUCUCCCUUCCCUUGCUCACCCCUCCUCCCCCCACUCCUACAUGGAUCAGGCCUUUCUCCUGUGGUGGAAAGGCGUGCCUUUAUUUGA